AUGGAGCUUCAGGAGUAUGCUACUACUGAGAAGAUGCUACACAAGGCCAUCUUGAUUGAACAGCAAGUCAAAAGGAAGGGCUACUCAAAACUGACCAUUGCUCCCAAACCGGCCUAUGCUCCUAAACCAAGCUAUCAAGACAAAGGUAAGUCUUCUUCCACAACACAUAAUGCUUUUAAGACUGAUGUUCCUGCUCGUGAUGACAAAGGAAAAGCAGUGAAAGCUUCUGGCCGAGCAAGAGACAUUAGAUUCUUCAAGUGUCAAGGUCUAGGACACUAUGCCAAGAACUGUCCAAACCAACGGGUGAUGAUUCUCAUGGAUAAUGGAGAAGUUGAAUCUGAGGAUGAGCAGGAGGACAAAGAGGAUCUUGGUCCAAUCUUUGAUGAGGAGGAUGAGUCCUUUGGAUAUCCGCAUCACGGACCCCUACUUGUUGCUAGGAAAGGCAUGGACGAGUCCAUCUUCGAUGAGACGGACGACCGCUUGGUCGAUGAUUCUGAUCCGACCUUUGAUGCUGAUUCCGAUCCGAUCUUUGAUGAGGAGGUUUGCUUCGACUAUCCAGCUCAUGGUCUGUUCUUUGAUGUUGCUCGUGACACUCUUGUCAGGAAACUAGGACUUGCUACUCGGCCUCUCUCUCGUCCUAUCAGGUUGGAAUGGCUAAACGAGGUUGGAGAACAAUAUGUGAAGGAACGAGUUACCGUCCCCCUUACCAUUGGCCGAUAUGAGGACGAGGUCGUUUGCAACGUUCUUCCCAUGGACGCAUGUCACAUUCUCUUGGGCCGGCCAUGGCAAUUUGAUAAGAGGGCAGUGCAUGAUGGCUUCACAAACCAACACUCCUUUGAUCAUAAAGGAAAGAAGAUCACGCUGAAUCCAUUUCUUUUACUUGUGUACAAAGAAUCUCUUAUGGUUUUUUCUUCUGAACUUGCACCGGAGAUUCCGAGUGAACUUCUAGAUGUUUUGCAGGAGUUUUCUGAUGUUUUUCCAGAUGAGAAUCCUAAAGGAUUGCCACCAGUACGAGGCAUCGAGCAUCAGAUAAACUGUGUUCCAGGUGCUUCUCUACCAAACCGACCAGCCUAUCGUACCAAUCCAGUGGAGACCAAGGAACUUCAGAAACAGAUUGGUGACCUCCUUGAGAAAGGCUACAUCCGGGAGAGCCUCAGUCCUUGUGUCGUUCCUGUCCUCCUUGUGCCCAAAAAGGAUGGCUUUUGGCGCAUGUGUGUGGACUGCCGUGUCAUCAACAACAUCAUGGUAAAGUAUAGGCAUCCCAUUCCUAGGCUAGACGACAUGCUCGAUGAGUUGCAUGGUUCACGUGUUUUCUCUAAGAUUGAUUUGAAAAGUGGCUAUCACCAGAUUAGGAUGAAAGAAGCUAGCACUUUCAUGCAUUUGAUGAAUCAUGUCUUGAGAUCAUUCAUUGGUCAUUUUGUUGUUGUCUACUUUGAUAACAUUCUUAUCUACAGCAAAGACAUUGAAGAUCAUAGGAGGCAUUUAAAAUCUGUUCUUGAAGUUCUUAGAAAAGAAAAACUGUUUGCAAAUCUUGGUAAAUGCUCUUUUGGAACAUAUCACGUGGUGUUCUUAGGUUUUAUUGUACGUGCUGAUGGACUUAGAGUGGGCGAGGAGAAAAUCAAAGUCUUCCGAGACUGGCCGAGUCCAACGACCGUGGGCGAGGGAGCUUGCAUCGAGAGUUACACAUGGCAAACUGGUCUACAAAUAGAGGUGUUUGACACCACUUCUGAUGUGCCUCAGUCCAUGGACCAGUCCAAGGAAUCAGACCAGCAUGAAGAUCAGGACGUUCCGAACGUCCCAACCGAGGUUCACUCUUCCGACCGUACCAGACAGACUGAUCGGGCCGUGUACCGGAUCGACCCACGAACGUCUAGAUUGGAGCUUCGGCCAGAUCCACGACCAGAUGAUCAAACUGACCGAACUGAAGCUCGUCUUUCCCGAACAAAUCGACAAGCUAAGGCUGAUGGUCAAGCCAAAAUCAACUUAGGACGAGCCAAUUCCGAUUCAGACCGCGGCUUCUCUCUUUUGGCACGUUUGGCCCGUACUGCAUGUACCGGCGACUGUGCUGAUGAUCUUGCUUCCUUGUUUGAUCCGAUGAUGGACUUCUCUUUUGGAUAUUUAUCUAAGGCAAGGAUCCUUAAGCUUUUAGAAGACUUGGGCCACGCUGGAAGGCAACUUGUCCGAUCAGAACGUCCCGCGUCCCUUUCCGCCUUGGACACAGCCAGUUCGGAUGAACCUGGACAGGAGCCGAACGGUCAUCUUGACUAG